AUGGCGGAACAAGAAGAGGACUACAGCUCAUUGCCACUGACAGAUCGCUUUACUCACAAGGUAUGGAAAGUCCGAAAACAGGCCUACGAGGAGGCCGCCAAAAUAUUCGAGGCCACACCCGACGAGCACGACAAUGCGUUCAGACCCUUUCUCAUGGACCCGGGGAUGUGGAAGGGUGCCGUCGCCGAUAGCAAUGUCGCCGCCCAGCAAGACGGAAUCGCAGCGUUGUGCGCGUUCCUCAAAUUCGGCGGCAAGGAGAACUGUACAAGGACGAGAGGGUCAACGGUCACCCCCAUCGUCGAAAAGGGUCUUUCCUCCACGCGAGCGGCCACAAAAGCGUCCGCUCUCGAGGCGCUAUUACUCUACAUUGAGCUCGACGUCCCGGGCCCCAUAAUCGAGGACAUCCUCCCGGUGCUCUCCGCGAAGCAGCCAAAGGUUGUCGCCGCCGCCCUCGCAGCACUCACUACCAUCUUCCACAACUACGGCUGCAAGAUCGCCGACCCGAAGCCUGUUCUCAAAAUCCUGCCAAAGGUCUUUGGUCACGCGGACAAGAAUGUUCGAGCGGAGGCGACAAAUCUAGCCGUGGAGUUCUAUCGAUGGCUACGGGAGGCCAUGAAGCCCAUGUUCUGGGGAGACCUAAAGCCGACACAGCAGUCCGAUCUCGAGGCGCAGUUCGAGAAGAUCAAAGCCGAGGCCCCGCCGAAGCAAGAACGGUUACUACGCACGCAACAGGCAGCGCAGGCACGAGCUCCAGCUGCCGGAGCAGCAGCUGACGAAGAUGAAGGCGAAGACUUUGCUGAAGAGCCGGCCGAGAUUGACGCAUUCGACCUAGCAGAACCCCAGAAUGUCCUAAGCAAGGUCCCUGCUGAUUUCCAUGACAAUCUCGCAUCGUCAAAGUGGAAAGAACGUAAGGAAGCAUUAGAAGCUUUAUACGCAAUUCUCAAUGUUCCAAGGAUAAAGGAUGGCGAUUUCGGCGAGAUCAACAGGGGAUUGGCGAAGUGUAUGAAGGACGCCAACAUUGCGGUUGUCACCCAGGCCGCGCAGUGCAUUGAAGUGCUGGCCAAGGGCUUGCGCAAAAGCUAUGGCAAAUACCGAAGCAUUGUUAUGCAACCUAUCAUGGAAAGGCUGAAGGAAAAGAAGCAGUCCGUGGCGGAUGCCCUCGGCGCAGCACUUGAUCAGGUCUUCCUCGCGACCAGCUUGUCGGAAUGUCUCGAAGACAUAGUGUCAUUCUUGACCCACAAGAACCCGCAAAUCAAAGAGGGCAGCAUGAAGUUUCUUGUACGGUGUCUCCGGACAACGAGAGAUGUUCCUGCGAAAGCGGAGAUCUCACAGAUUGUGGAGUCUGCGAAGAAGCUGCUGUCCGAGUCGAGUGAAGGUCUGCGGUCAGGAGGUGCAGAAAUCUUAGGAACUGUCAUGAAGAUCAUUGGCGAGCGUGCCAUGAACCCCCAUCUAGAAGGCCUCGACGACAUCCGAAAGACCAAGGUGAAGGAGUUUUACGAGACGGCGGAAGUCAAGGCAAAGGACAAACCCAAGCCAGCACCGGCGCCCGCAGCACGUGGACCUCCAGGUGGUCCUAGAAAGGUUGUUGGAGGAGGUGGUGUGAAGAAAGCACCCAUAGGUGUCAAGAAAGCUGCACCGGUUGCUGCGGCUCCACCGCCUGCUGCAGAGCCUCUUGCCCCUCAACCGACAUCUCGGUCCGCACCGGGCAGCAAGCUUGGCAUGCCAAAGCCAUCCGGCCUAGGUGGUCUCAAAGCCCCUCAAAAGCGAACUCUCCCUGGCCCAGGCGGCGCAUCACCCCGGCGGCCCCUAUCUGUCGCGCCGCCAGCUCCAGUCGAAGAGGAACCUGCGCCUCCUCAGCCAAGACUGGGGAUGGCUCGAGGCGGACUCGCUGCCCGAUCCCUGGCAAAGCCUGCAACUGCUUCAUCCUUCCAGCCUCCUCAACCCGCAUCUCCGACGCCAUCAUCUGGGCUCACAGCCCUGGAACGAGCAGAGCUCGAAGAGCUUCGCGCCGCAAACGAUCGUCUAACACGUCAGGCAGAGGAGUUCCGCCAUGAACGGUCCAAGCUGCUGUCUGAGAUACAAGAGCUCAAAAAUCAGAAUGCAGGGUUAAUCGAGGACCACACGCGGGAUGUUCUAAGCAUCAAGGCAAAGGAGACACAAUUGGUCCGAGCACGGUCUGACGCUGAAGCUGCCGAGGGGACGAACGACCGCUUACGCCGAGAACUUGACCGCCUUAAGAGGGCUCUCAGUAAGGCAGAAGCACUCGGCGUGUCUCAAGGCGGCCUUGGUAGUCCAGGAUCUGCUGGCUUUGCUAGCCCAACCCACGACGACGUCGGCAUCUUUCGCGAUGGCGGAGCAGCUGGAUACCGGCCGGCGAGUGCGAAUAGGAAUCGCAUGAGCUAUACCAGCACGCUCUCCGAGGAGAAGGAGAACGGUGAAGCACCACCCUCAUAUCCCCGAUCCAAGCUGAGCCCCGAGCUUAGGUAUGCUGGCAGCGCAGCAAGCAGCGGAAGAGGGUCGCCUGCGAGAGGCUUCAGACGGCCCGUGGAUGUCGGCGGCGAUGACGGCGCUGCCGCAGGCCCAGGACCUACGUCAAGCGCCUCUAAUAUGGGCUCCGGUGGCGGCAAUGGUGUUGAAAGCUGGAAACGUGCCGCAGAAGUGACGAAUCAGCUGAAAGCAAGGAUAGAACAGAUGAAGGCUAAACAAGGAUUUGCGCGUCAAUAA